GUGGCGAACAGAGCAGGUAGGAUGCGUUGCUAUAGCCACGGAUGCAUUACAAACGCAGGUCUGCUGUUGUACUAUCAUCUGUUCCUCUCCAGCUCCUGCUCUACCUGACAGCUCUUUACUACGUCUUGUACUUCCUCUCCACACUCUGCAUGAUCAUCUACAAGAGUCGUGUGAUGAGCUACCCUGACGACCUCUUAACCCAGGACGUAGGUCUGCUUUUCUUUAUGGCUUGUCUGGAGCUGCUCCGACUCUACUGUGGUGUGAGGGGUAACCUGCAGGAGACGGAGGGUUAUAUGUGGGCUAACCUGGCCAUGACGGUGGCUACCGCCCUGCUGUCCGUCUACUUCCUGGUAUGGCAGCUGUACGUGAUGCAGGCCGAUGUCAUCAUCAACGCCGUACUGCUCAGUGUUUACGGACUGGGAGGGGUCCUAGGUCUGGCCACGCUGGCUAGAUUCACCAGUGUCUAUUCCUGACCCCAUCAAUUAUAGCUGCACUGUCAGCACCUCCAGAAACUCCUACACUCCGUCUCUACCAAACCUUAACGGAAGGUCAACCCUCUGCUGCACCGUUGGAGACGAGUAUCAAUGCAGGUGCUUGUGGUAUCCUGUCUCGGAGCUCUACGGACAAUUCCUUUGACCUCGUGGCUUGGUUUUUGAUCUGACAUGCACCGUCAACUGUGGGACCUUAUAUAGACAGGUGUGUGCCUUUUCUAAAUCAUGUCCAAUCAAAUGAAUUUAGCCCAAGUGGACUCCAAUCAAGUUGUAGAAACAUCUCAAGGAUGAUCAAUGGAAACAGGAUGCACCUGAGAUCAAUGUUUAGUCUCUUAGCAAAUGGUCUGAAUACUUAUGUAAAUAAGGUAUUUCUGUUUUACAUUUUUUAUACAUUUGCAAACAUUUCAACAAAAAAAAAAGUGUUUUUGCUUUGUCAUUAUUGGCUAAUUGUGUGUAGAUUGAUGAGAAGAAAGUAACGUAACAAAUUGUAGGAAAA